AGUGCAGCGUAGCUCUUGCUUGUAUUUGCGCCCCAUUUGCUUUGCUUGGCCUUGUGUUGUGUCAGGAUCUCUCCAACCACAACCGAAGCAUUGCAAGCAUCGCAAGCAUCGCAGGGAGCCACUCUAUUUGUCUGUCUGUGUUUCCUUGAUCCCUCCCUACCCCGCUUUCUCCAAUAAUGGCGACCACGGGGGAGUUGUUCAAGCCCGAUGCGAUGGAAGAGAAAGGCGAGCGUGCUAGGAUGGCCUCCUUUAUUGGUGCAAUGGCAAUAGCAGACCUUGUCAAAAGUACUCUUGGUCCUAAAGGAAUGGACAAAAUCCUUCAAUCUACCGGUCGUGGCCAUAGUGUCACAGUUACCAAUGAUGGUGCCACUAUAUUGAAGUCGCUACAUGUUGAUAAUCCAGCUGCCAAAGUCCUUGUUGAUAUUUCUAAGGUGCAAGAUGAUGAGGUUGGAGAUGGCACAACAUCUGUAGUAGUGUUGGCUGGAGAGUUGCUAAGAGAGGCGGAGAAGCUGGUUGCUCUGAAGAUUCACCCAAUGACUAUUAUCGCUGGAUAUCGCAUGGCUGCUGAGGCUGCUCGUAGUGCAUUAGAAGCUGCUGUUCGUGAUAACAAAGAUGAUUUAGAGCGAUUCAGAUCAGACCUUGUCAACAUUGCCAUGACGACACUCAGCUCUAAGAUUUUAUCACAGGAUAAAGUGCACUUCUCUAAUCUUGCUGUCGAUGCUGUUCUUAGACUUAAGGGCAGCUCUAAUUUAGAGUCUAUCCAAAUCAUCAAGAAGUGUGGUGGAGCUUUGAAGGAUUCCUUUUUAGAUGAAGGGUUCAUUCUAGAUAAGAAGAUCGGAGUUGGUCAACCGAAACGCAUUGAAAAUGCUAAAAUUCUUGUGGCUAACACAGCCAUGGAUACCGACAAGGUCAAAAUCUAUGGGGCACGGGUGCGGGUGGAUGGUAUGACGAAGGUGGCGGAGAUUGAGGCAGCUGAAAAAAACAAAAUGAAAAAUAAGGUUGAAAAGAUCAUAGGACAUGGCAUCAAUUGUUUUGUCAAUAGACAGCUCAUUUAUAAUUUCCCGGAGGAGCUCUUCGCAGAUGCAGGGGUCAUGGCUAUCGAACAUGCCGACUUCGAUGGAAUAGAACGCUUGGCUCUUGUAACAGGAGGAGAAAUUACUUCAACAUUCAAUGAUCCCGAGAAUGUGAAGCUUGGACAUUGUAAGUUGAUCGAAGAGAUCAUGAUUGGGGAAGAUAGACUUAUCCAUUUUUCAGGUGUUGCAUUGGGCCAAGCUUGUACCAUUGUUCUUCGUGGCGCCAGUUCACAUGUGCUAGAUGAAGCUGAGCGGUCUCUCCAUGACGCUCUCUGCGUACUGGUUCAAACAGUUCAAGAUAGCCGCGUUAUCUGGGGUGGAGGGUGGCCAGAAUUUUUGAUGGCUAGGCGUGUGGAGGAACUUGCGCGUAAAACCCCGGGGAAGAAGUCGCUUGCUAUCGAUGCUUUUGCAACUGCAUUGCGAGCCAUUCCCACCACUAUUGCUGAUAAUGCGGGAUUGGAUAGUGCAGAUUUAGUCUCUCAAUUACGUGCGGCUCAUUCAGAGGAUGGUUGCAGAUCCGGCAUUGAUGUCAUUUCUGGAGAGGUUGGAGACAUGGAGAAGCUUGGCAUUUACGAGGCAUUUAAGGUGAAGCAGGCGGUUUUAAUGUCUGCUACAGAAGCUUCGGAGAUGAUCCUUCGUGUAGACGAGAUCAUUAAGUGCGCACCUAGACAACGGGAAGACCGAAUGUAAAUCCCUCUGUCAUAAGAGAGAAUCUAGGAGUUCUGUAUUUGGGGGCUUGGACUGCUGCAACCCUCUGUACUUGCACCUUGCUUCAAAUAUGAGCCUCACCAAAUUACACCAUCAGCCUGUCUAAUGGUCUAGCGUUUAAAGCCCGGUGCAGGUGCUUUUCUCAAAGUUAAUUGUUUAAGUCUUGGGUUAGCUCAUGGAGUCCCUGUUUGCUAGCUUGUGUUCCCUCUCUAAGGGUACUCCUGCGAAGGUAUUAUCUUUUUUGGCUGAGUCCUUUUUAGUGGAAAAUACUUUUGGAUUUGUCAUAAUCCAACUUGUUAAGGCUGUUUGAGAAUGGAAUAUAUGAUUCAAUGAGAGAAGGAUCGGUUAAGGAU